AUGGAGAUGGUGGUGGCGGCGCCGGCGCUCCCCGCCGAGGUGGAGAGGGCUCUCAUCCGGGACAUAACCGUCGCGGCUGAUGCCCACGCCAAGGAGGGCGACACCUUCUUCCUCAUCACCACCAGGUGGUGGCAAAGUUGGAUUGAUUACCUCAUUCAAGAUUUGACUGGUGCAACAAGUAAUGGUUAUCAUCAUCAUGAGUUUGGUUCAAAAACUUCUAGAAGGCCAGGAGCUAUUGACAAUACCGAUUUAAUUGAUGAUGCGUCAUUUGAAGUCUCCAAUACGGAGAUUGAGAUACAUGAUAACUUGGUUGAGGGUCGGGAUUACAUACUGCUUCCUCAGCAAGUUUGGGAAAAGUUGCAUGGUUGGUAUGGUGGAGGACCAACAUUACCAAGAAAGGCAAUCAAUACUGGCUUUUCUCAAACUGAUUUGGCCAUAGAAGUUUAUCCUCUACGACUGCAGUUAAUUCUAAUGUCAAGAGGAGAGCGAACCUUUAUAAGGAUAAGCAAGAAGGAUACAGUUGGCCAACUCCAUAAAAGUGCUUGUAAGGUUUUUAACUUGGUACCAGAUGAGGUAUGCAUUUGGGACUAUUAUGGUCGAACAAAGCAUUCAUUGAUGGAUAGCCUGGACAAAACCCUUGAUGAUUCCAACAUUCAGAUGGAUCAAGACAUUCUAGUUGAGGUUACCACUGAUGCCAAUGGUAGUCUGGAUGGUUUGGUUAAAAGAAACAAUUGUUUUGAGAGAGAAUCGACUUCUCUGAUUACUGAUGCUCCGAAAUCAGGAUUGCCAAAUGAGAAUUUUGCAGCCAACAGCUAUACUUCUAGAAGCUAUAACUCUAGUCUGACACCAAGCCUCUACCUGCGAUCAACCAAUGGUGAUCUGGAUAAUGUGCCUGGUUCUAGUGGCAUGAGCACGAGGGGAUCACCCUUAGGUCUUACAGGGCUACUUAAUCUUGGAAAUACAUGCUAUAUGAACAGUGCCAUACAGUGUCUAGUGCACACGCCACAGUUUACUAGAUAUUUUUGUGAAGAUUAUCAUCGUGAAAUAAAUCGGCAAAAUCCGCUGGGUAAUGUGGAGCUGUUGGCAUUCCUCUUGGAUGGACUCCAUGAAGAUUUGAAUCGUGUGAAGCAUAGACCUUACAUAAACUCGGGAGAUGCUGAUGGAAGAUCAGAUGAAGAAGUUGCAGAUGAAUAUUGGGCAAAUCAUAUUGCUAGAAACAAUUCAAUCAUUGUUGAUGUAUGCCAGGGGCAGUACAAGUCCACUUUGGUUUGCCCAGUCUGUGGGAAGGUUUCAGUGACUUUCGACCCAUUCAUGUAUCUUUCCUUACCCUUACAAUUUGCCUCAACCCGGAGCGUGACUGCCGUGGUAUUUUCUUGUGAUGGUAGUGUUCCACCAACACCAUUCACUGUAAAUGUACCGAAGCAAGGUAGGUGCAGAGAUCUAUUACAAGCCCUUGGCACUGCAUGCUCACUUAAAAAUGGGGAGAAACUUCUAAUUGCUGAGAUACGGAAUCAUAAGAUCUACCGUUUUAUUGAUGAUCCAGUGCUUCAACUGUCUACAAUAAGUGAUGAUGAUCAUCUGGCAGUUUAUAAGCUCCCAAAGUUGGAAAAGAGGGUGAAUUACAUUCAAUUUGUGCAUCGUCAUGAAGACUUGGACCAUGGAAACAAUAACACCUUGACAUCUUGGAAACCCUAUGGUGUUCCUCUUCUUGCACAAAUAUCUCGCAAUGAAAUUGUCACGGGUUUGGAUAUCCAUGAGUUGGUCCAUAAAAUGCUUGUGCCCAUGCUAAGGAAUCAGGACUCUCUGCAUUUGGCUGUUCAAAGUUCUGUUUCCACAAGAACUCAUAGUUAUCAUACCGACUGCAUCCAAUUUCAGCUUCAGUUGAUUGAUGAUAGCAACACAGUCAUUGAAAAAUCAAAUGAUGGUAUCAGGGUCCCACAAUCUUCACUCGCAACUGUAUUUUUUAUCCAUUGGCCCAAGGAAGAUCUGAAAAAGAUUGACACUCAUCAUUUAGAGUACCUCCCAGAGGUGUUUAUGUAUGCUCCUCCUGCUAAGAGAACCCGUGGUGAAGCUCUCUCACUCUAUGCAUGCUUGGAUGCUUUCUUGAGAGAAGAACCUCUUGUACCUGAAGACAUGUGGUACUGUCCAAGGUGCAAAGAGCAAAGGCAAGCUAGCAAAAAGUUGGAUUUGUGGAGACUUCCAGAAGUGCUAGUCAUACAUCUAAAGAGAUUUUCAUUUAGUAGGUCAACAAAACAAAAACUAGAAACUUUUGUUAAUUUUCCAAUACAUGACUUGGAUUUGACAAACUAUAUUGCCAACAAGAAGAGUUCAGAGCGCCAGAUCUAUGAGUUGUAUGCUGUGAGCAAUCAUUACGGCAACAUGGCAAGUGGACAUUAUACUGCACACAUUAAGCUUGUGGAUGAAAAUCGGUGGUACAACUUCGACGAUAGCCAUGUUGCUUCCAUUGAUGAAGACGAGGUGAAGACUGCUGCAGCUUAUGUGCUAUUCUAUAGAAGAGUCAGAGAACAAGAUAGAGCAAGGGGAACUAGUAAUGGAUCUCAGUUAUAUGCAAAGAGAAGCCAUGGAUAUAGCCAUAGGUAG